AUGGCGGUGAGGAUUUGGAACAUCGUACUGGCGAAGGAGUUCCCAUGGCUGGCAGCGCUGCACUUGAUUCCAAUAGCCUACUCGUUUGCUUGGCUUGGAAACUGGUCUGUCUGCGCAGAACGGCUGAUGAUCCCCGAGGAGGAUCGUACUCGCAUUGGCCUUGGAUUAGGGCUAUUCUCAGCAGCCGGUCGACUCCUUUUCGGAUUCAUUGGCGACUGGGCUCCCGGGGGACGAGGACGUAUUGGACUUGAGCUUGGAUUUGUUGGCAGCAUCGGUUUGUUCCAGCUGGCUUUCCUGCUUCUAGAGCACGAUCAGCGGACCUUCUUUGAGCUCGCCAUGCAGCUCCAGUGCUUGGGCUACGGCGGUCUGCUCUGUUUGGCGCCGGUUGCUCUUCGCGCGGGAUUUCCUGUCGAGGACUUGGGCACCAGCUUCGGGCUUCUUUACCAAUUGCUAGCAGUGACAUUCACAGUUUUCAACUGGGCGGCUGUGCCAACUACUGGGUGCGUGGGCAUUGAGUGCUUCCAGGGCUUCUUCAGCGCGGCUUCCGUUCUUAACGCAGGCUGCUUGAUUUGGGCGCUAACCCGGCUGGCUCGGGCAUCUCAGAAGGUUUCGCCGACGUCCUUGCGGGCCAGAAAACUCUGA